AUGUGCCUUGAUUUCCGAGCAGUCAACACACACUUGAAAGUAGAUACAGGCAUACAACCUUUGCCAAGGUUGGAUGAAUUAGUUGAGAAGGCUGCCGGAAAUAAAUAUUAUGCCACCUUGGAUUUGAAAGAUGCUUACUAUCAGUUUGGUCAAAGACAAGUAAAAUUCUUGGGGCAUAUUGUUUUAGAGAAAGGCAUUGAGCCUGACCCAGAGAAUGUAGAAGCAGUAACAGAGUGUAAAACACCCACUAAUGUCAAACAAAUCCGGCAAUUUUUAGGGAUGUGCGGAUUUUACCGUAAGCAUGUUUCAAAUUUUGCUAAGAUUACAUAUCCUAUCACAGAACUCACCAAGAAACAAACUGCCUUUGCAUGGACAGAUGAAUGCCAGGCAGUUUUUGAAACGUUAAAGAGGACAUUAGCUUCCUUUCCAGUACUG